CAUAUAGAGAUGAAUAACUAUGUCUAAAUUUAUCCUGCAUAAGCAGUUGCCCUCUUACAACCGAAUUGCUUUUCCGCAUCUCUGGCAAGCAAAGAAUACCUCGACCACUGUUCACAACAAUGCCCACGAAUAGCAACUACGGCUCCGCCCUCUCCUGCACAAUUGAAUUUCUCCAGCCACUGCUCAAGAAACAUAAACAGGAACAAAAGCAGAAACGCUCUAAUAUACCAUUCUUCCUGGCGAUCUCAGGUCCCCAGGGUAGUGGCAAGAGUACCCUUGCCGAAGCUCUGUGCCACACGUUAUCUCAAAGCCCAUAUGGACUCAGUGUCGUGCCACUAUCGGUUGAUGACUUCUACCUGACAAAAGAGGAUCUCGAUCGCCUAUUAGAAGUUGAUCCCGCCAACAAACUCGUAUCGGUUCGCGGGCCACCUGGCACACAUGAUACUAUAAUUGCCGCACGAACUAUGGAGGCACUGGCAGGCAUCAAUUGCCCCAAUAACAGCCGGACAGUAGCGAUACCCAGAUAUGAUAAGAGCGCCUUCGGCGGCCGUGGUGAUCGACAUCCGCCAAGCAAAUGGACCACAAUUCAAGCACCAGUGGACGUGGUGAUAUUUGAAGGGUGGUGUGUUGGCUUCCAGAGUUUGCCCGAUCAAGACCUAGAUGAAGUCCUGGAGCAGGCUGCGGCAGAAGCCGCACACAUUACAGCUGGAGAGAGCCGGUCUUCGGAAGGCAAAGCGAGCAUUGCGCCAUUAUCAGAACACAGCUCCAACAGCUUGCGAUCCAUGAAGAGAGCGUUGGGAAAUUAUACCUGCGGUGCUGGAGUGACGGCGUUCACUUGUAAGGUAAAUUGGGGGGCAUUCAUUCAUCUUGACCCUACAGAAUUGAACAAUGUAUUCCACUGGAGGCUGGAACAGGAGCAACAGCUGCGAAAAUUAAAGGGUACGGGUAUGACAGAUGAGCAAGUUGAAGCCUUCAUCAAAGUUUACAUGCCUGCGUAUCUCCUCUACAUGGACAAUCUAAGGAAGGGUGUUGUUUCACGGGGUAGGCAACUCAGGUUGAUUCUUGGUCCUGAAAGGGACUUAACCGGAAUAGAGAUUAUAGAGUAGUUCUUAACUAAAUCAAUCCCAUUCGAGGAUAUAAGC